CUGUGGGCAUUGCGGCUGUGGCUGUGCUGCUGCACGGAGCCCUCAGUGCUUGCUGCUCACACGAGCCUCUGGCAGCCAUGAACUGGCUCGGUCUCCUUGUCCUGAUGACCGUGGCCGGGCUGGUGCACGGGACAUGGGACAAUUGUGGAUGGACUUGUGGACUCCGACCCAUGGUGUCUGACUCUGGAUAUAAGAGUCAUGACUUCGGCAUGACACGCAUCGUGGGUGGCACAGGUGCCCUGCCAGGGGCCUGGCCAUGGAUGGUCAGCAUCCAGCAUCCCAGGAUACCAGGCACAAAGCAUUUCUGUGGAGGGUCUCUCAUCAGGGCAGACUGGGUCCUCACAGCAGCCCACUGCUUCGACCUUAUUUUUAACACCAGCUUGAUGUAUGUGGUGAUUGGGGCCACCCAAUUGACUCAGCCAGGACCUGGAGCACAAGUGCGCCAAAUUAAGAAACUGCUUCGUCACGAGAACUAUAAGAGACGUGACAUGAGCUAUGACAUUGCUUUGCUGGAACUGAGCCAGCCUGUCCAGUGCAGUCCCUACAUCCAGCUGGCCUGUGUGGCCGAUGCUAUCCUAGGAGUGUCAGUGUCACAGGAGCAUAAUUGCUGGGUUGCUGGCUGGGGUGCCACCACUGCAAAAGCUCAAAACUCAAGUGAUCACCUGCAGCAGGCCAUGGUGCACCUCAUCGAUAUCCAACUAUGCAAUAGUACCUUCUGGUACGCAGGGGAACUGCACCCCUAUAACUUGUGUGCUGGUUACCCAGAGGGCCUCAUCGACACCUGCCAGGGUGACAGUGGUGGUCCUCUCAUGUGUCAGGAUAACCACGCUGACUCCUGGUGGGUUGUUGGAGUGACCAGCUGGGGAAAAAGUUGCGGCAGAGCAAGGCGGCCUGGAGUCUACACGUCCACUCAGUACUUCUAUGACUGGAUCUUAGUCCACAUGGGCAAAAAGAAUAUUCAAAGUGUUUCUUGAGCAACAGAGUGUGCAGCAUCUAGGAUGUGCUGGAGUGCACAGCAACUGUUUCCCUCAGGGGCAAUCAACCCUAUUUAUCCAAAGGUAGUCUCACUGUCAGAAACGUGUUCUGUUCUGCCCACACUCUCCUGUGCACAUAGACACUGGAGUUGAUUUAGUUGUUGAAGUAAAGUUGCCUAUCAUCACUGGGAACCAUA